UCGUCGCCCUCUACACACAUACCUACCCGCGUUCUACCCACUAAAUAGUCCACCGUGAUUGCUUCUUCGUGUCGGUUCGAGGGUUAGAAAACCUCCCAUUCCCUCGCCCUCCCUCUCGCCAUGUAUCUCCCUCGACAACUCAUCUCCCAUCUCUACCAACAACUCCUCCGCUCCCACCACCCGCUCUCCCCGCCCGUACUGAUUCUCGUGACCCUCGAACCCGAUGCGCUAUGUGCCUGCCGAAUUCUCACGGCCCUCUUGAAACGCGACUAUAUCCCGCAUAAGAUUCAACCGGUGGCCGGGUAUGGCGAUCUCGCUCGCGCCGGGGAGGAGUUGGUGAAGCCAAUGCGAACGGCGAAUGGCGGCAGUGGUGGGGUCGUCGUUUGCCUGGGGGUGGGCGGGCUAGUGGACCUGAGUGAGAUCCUCUGUUUGAGUAAUGCAGAGGAGGAAGAGGAAGAGGAGGAUAUGGGAGGGGUCGAGGUCUGGGUGUUUGACGCGCGGCGGCCAUGGAACUUGGCAAACGUGUUCGGGGGUGAGAGACAGCCCGCGGUGGGGGAGAUGAAUGCUAAUGCGAGACGAAAAACGCGCGGCGUUGAGAAGGGAUGCAUUACAACGGGAUAUACGUCCAGGAACGGGGGGAUUGUGGUUUAUGAUGAUGGGGAUAUCGAAGAGGAAUUAGGUAAGGAGCGGGACGCAUAUUGUGAGUUGUUGGCUAUGCCCGAAGUGGAUGAGGAGGAAGAUGAUGCAGACGAUUCAGAGAGUGAUCGUGAUGCGGACCAUCCUUCGAGUUCAGAUUCGAAGAAGCGCAAAUCAUGGUCCCGCCAGGAUGAUGACGACGAUACGGAUGAUGAGGAUGGGCCCCCGCGUCAGCGGAGGAGGAGUGAUUCGGGGUCCUAUCUCAUCUCGUCGCCGUCUCGCCCGCGGACGAUGGCGCAUGAUUCGUCCAAUUCGUCACGCUCCGUUACGCCAACGUCAGAUUCACCGUCGCCCGUACAGCCGAAACCGCCAUCUGCGCGCACGUUGAGACGGCGAUUGCUGCGCCUGAAGAGGAAGCAUGAGGGGGUGCUACAGAGUUACUAUUCGUCAGGGACGUCGUACUCAGAACCGAUAUCAUCCCUUGUCUAUUCGCUUGCAUCCGAGCUCGGUCGUGAAGAUAAUGAUCUACUGUGGCUGGCCAUCGUGGGUGUCUCGAGCUUGGAACUAAGUGGCCGUACAAUGUCUGGAGUGGGUGUUUCCAAUGCGUUGGAGUAUGGAGGCUCGGCUGGCUGGGGUGGAGAGAGGGGCGAACGAAUACGGCAGAUUCUACGCGAUGAGGUUUUGCGACUGAACCCCCCGGAUCCCUAUGAGCGAGACCGCGACAUCAGGGGGGAGAUCAACGGUGUCAUCCCCACUACAGCAAGGUCACCGACAGACAAGUCGAUUCGUUUGUCUCCCGAACCUCGUUUCAUCCUUGUGCGACAUUGGUCGCUCUAUGACAGCAUGCUUCACAGCCCGUACCUGGCAUCCAGGCUUCAUGUCUGGACGGAGAACGGAAAAAAGCGAUUGCACAAACUGCUAGCCAAGAUGGGAAUCAGUCUGAACCAAAGCCACCAAAGCUAUACACACAUGGACAUGGAGCUGAAGCGGGUACUGCGACAACGCCUUUUGAAGUAUGCGCCGAUGUACGGCUUGGACGGACUUGUACCGCCGGAGGCGUCUGGACAUGCCGCCUCUCGCGAGGGAUGGGGGUUUGUCCGCUGCUGGGGCUGGAAAGCCUGUCUCUCCGCCACCGAUGUGGGUGUCAUCAUCGGUGCAAUCCUUGAGGUUGGACCUGAGGAAGCGCCCGGGGCGUGGGAUGCCAAACGCGCGUCCAGAACGGCUCAGACGGCUAAUGAUGAUGGGUCUACCGAGUCCGAUCUAGCCAGUCUUCUCCCUCGGUUUUGGAGCGCCUAUGACGCUUUGUCGCUGACUUCGGAAUCCCCAACGCUUCUUCAGACCUCGCUCCCUCUUGCCCAGCACCUCCACCGAGCCAUCCUUCGCACCGGUACUUCGCUCCUCGCAAAACACCAAAUUCGACAUCUGCGAGCGUUCCGUAUCGCUGUGGUCAAAGAUGGCCCGGAUGUGAAGCUCUUCACAAACCCCGGGGCAUUGACGAAGCUGGCCUUGUGGGUCGCAGAGGCUAUUCGGGUGCAAGAACGUGAACGAGGAGAUACCGUUAAGGUCGGCCGCAGGCGGGCCUUGGGCACUCCGCUUGUACUUGCCGGGCUUGAUGAGGAUCGAGAUCUCUAUGUUGUCGUGGGUACCGGAGGAGGUGGCGGAGUGGUCGACUUUGCUGCCUUGGCCAAACGCCGGGAAGAGCGACGCAAGAAGAAAGAAGCCAAGGAGAAGAAGCGAAAGGAGCGAGAAGAACGUCGCGCCAAGCGCGCAGCAGAGCGCGCAGACAAUAGCGACGAGGAGGAGGAUACAGAGGAAUCAUCAUCGGAAUCGGAGUCCGAGUCCGAAGAUGAGCAGGACCUGCGAACCAACAAUCACCUCCUGCGGAACCGAUUUGGUAUUGCGUUCCAGGAGGUGGUGCAAGAAACCAGCGCUCGAGUGCGCAUUGACAGUUUCGAGCACUGUGUGGUGGAAGUGCAGAAGGAAGACCUGGGAGGCUUCCUGGAAGCGCUCAGCUUCCGCAGUGUUGUCGGUUAAGACUUAAGUCUCUAGACUUUCCUUUUGUGUUAUGCUCUACAUGCUACGUUGAUCUCGGCGUGACUGCUAAUGCUCUCUCCUAUGUCCUGCUUCGGGUGGUUUGUUUCUGCUUUUCAUCGAUUCGCGAGGGAUGAGGGUGUGGGGAGUGUCGGGAAACAACAGGGUUUUGCUUAUCAUGGAAAAUAAAAGGGAGGACAUGUAUAAUGACGGAUUGGAAGCCAUCUGUGCGAUCAUUCAUUUUCCUUUUGUUUUUGCUUGGGAUAUCCGCGUUCAGUCACGCUUCA